CAUACCGAUAUUAUUAAAACCGUCAUUUGAGUGUGAGAUAAAAAAUAAUAAUUAAAACAAAGUACAUAAUGCAUUGUAAACUAGUUUGUAGCUUGCAAAACUAACUGACAAUAAUCUGGGUUCCCAUAGCAAAAAAAAAAACAUGCUCAUAUUUUCAGUGUCGUCUGGUGACAGACAAUUGCUGUCAGGUUGUGUGGCUAUUGCUAAUAUAAAGGACAGUGUCUGUACUCCAAGCAGAAAACAUGUAGCUUCCAUAUACACAGUCUCAGACCUAAUAUAUUUAUAAUUAAUUGCAAAAUCUUUAAGUUGUGUCUAACAUAUUCACUGAAGGGUGUAACCUACCCACUACAGUUUCUGUUAUUAUUUUAUUUUUAUUCAAAAGGAUGGUUUUUUAACGUGUGCUCUUUUGCUAGUCCAUGCGUUUGACGUCACAGAUUUCACAUAAUGCAGAACUGAAUAAGGUUUUGCAUGACUGUCAGUGCUUCUGCAAUUUGCUUUGUACUCAUUUCCUGCAGACCUUUAGCAAAAAAAAAUCUUUGUGCAGGAAGUCAUAGUUUUUAAAGAGCUUGAUCUUUCAGCAGUGAAAGCAAACAGUCUGAUGCAGAACGCUAGUCCAAGAGUUGUAAGAUCAAUGGUGGCCUAGAAAUGUGGCACGUUGGCAUCACUGAUUGAUGAAGCAAGGAAUUUGGGACUACAUAUUAAUUUUUAAGAAGGUUAUUGCAUUUCAGAAGAAAUGAAUCUAUUUAGAAGAGAAAGGGCAUCACAUCCGGUCCUAUAUGGAAGGUCGUUGUCUCUACCAGCUACAUGCAGUAGCAGAGAUACAACCGAUGCUCCCAGUAGCUAUAAGUGGUACUCGAGGUCCACGAGAAAGACAUUUGGGCAGUCUUCUCUCCGCACUACUUUUAAAGAAAAUGGACAGAGCCAGUCUAUGUCCAGAUUUCACAGUGGCAGAAAUACUAAGGAACAGCCACAGGGAUUUUUAUCUGUUCAUCAGAACUACAGACCAUCUGCCACGUUAAAUGAUGUUAUUCGCUUGAAUCAAGAGAACAUUAAUUUUCAUGGAUCCAAGUCAGAAUUGAGAACUGGAGCUAGUAAUAAAAAAUUAAAGAAGGUUACCUUUGAUUGGUCCAGAUCAGAGCCAGAGGGUCUAGUAUCAUGGAGAAGCCAUAGCCUUCAUUCUGGAUUACAGCGUACUCGUUCCUUGGAGCAAGAACACCAUAGAGCUUCGAACCGUGGGUUUUUUUCUGCCUUUUCAAAAGGACUGUCUAGAAUAUUAAGCUCAUCUAGCAAAGACAUUCGAGAAAUGGCUAAAGAAGACAAAGAUGUGAAAGGGCCACCUACACACAGACUAUCAUGCGGUCAGUCGCCCUACACAGAAAGCACAACAUGGGAGCGCAAGUACUGUAUCCUGACAGAAAGCCAACUGGUGCUCCUAAACCGUGAGGAUGAGAUGCCUGGGGAAACUGCACAGGACUUACAUUCAGAAUCCAGCAAAAGUAGGAGCCUACGUAGGACUGUGAGUGUCCCAUCAGAAGGUCCAUUUCCUGACUACCCACCGGAGGGUGCUGCCAAGCUGGAGGUCCCGGCUGAGAGGUCACCCCGAAGGAGGAGUAUCUCAGGGACUAGCACGUCAGACAAAACCAACCCUAUGGAUCCUACAAAUACUUCCCCCUUUAAAGUCUCAGGCUUCUUUAGUAAACGGUUAAAAGGCUCCAUUAAGAGAACAAAGAGUCAAUCAAAGCUGGACCGGAACACAAGUUUUCGAUUGCCUUCUCUUCGUCCUGCUGAGAGCGACAGGUCACGCGGGUUACCUAAACUGAAAGAAUCUCGUUCCCAUGAAUCUUUGCUGAGCCCAGGUAGCGCAGUCGAGGCUCUAGAUUUGGGAACAGAAGAUAAAAUCCUUGUGAAACCACUCCACAGCAGCAUAUUGGGGCAAGAUUUCUGUUUUGAGGUCACCUAUUCCAGCGGUAGUAAAUGUUUCAGCUGCUCAUCUGCUGCAGAGAGAGAUAAGUGGAUGGAAAAUCUCCGUCGAACUGUUCAACCAAACAAGGAUAACUGUCGCAGGGCAGAGAAUGUACUACGGCUGUGGAUCAUUGAGGCCAAGGACCUGGCUCCCAAAAAGAAGUAUUUCUGUGAACUUUGUCUGGACGAUACUCUCUUUGCUCGAACUACAAGCAAGACAAAAGCAGACAACAUUUUUUGGGGGGAAUAUUUUGAGUUUUAUGGUUUACCCUCCCUGCACAACAUCACAGUUCACAUUUACAAGGAUGUUGAAAAGAAGAAAAAAAAAGAUAAAAACAAUUAUGUUGGUCUCGUGAAUAUUCCUGUCGUAAGUGUAACUGGGAGGCAGUUUGUAGAAAAAUGGUACCCAGUUAGCACCCCGACUGCAAACAAAGGCAAGACUGUUGGUCCUUCAAUACGUAUAAAGUCCCGUUACCAGACUAUUACCAUUUUACCCAUGGAGCAAUACAAGGAGUUUGCAGAAUUUAUCACAAUUAAUUACACUAUGCUGUGCUCAGUCCUGGAACCAGUCAUCAGUGUCAGAAAUAAGGAAGAGAUGGCAUGUGCUUUAGUGCACAUCCUGCAGAGUACUGGCAGAGCCAAGGACUUUCUAACGGAUCUAGUGAUGUCAGAGGUGGAUCGUUGUGGGGACCACGAUGUCUUGAUCUUUAGAGAAAACACACUUGCCACUAAAGCAAUUGAGGAGUAUCUGAAGCUGGUUGGACAGAAGUACCUUCACGAUGCUCUUGGGGAGUUUAUCAAGGCACUGUACGAGUCAGACGAGAACUGUGAGGUGGAUCCCAGCAAAUGUUCCUCAAGUGAGCUAUCCGACCACCAGAGCAACUUAAAAAUGUGCUGUGAGCUGGCCUUCUGCAAAAUAAUCAAUUCAUACUGUGUUUUUCCCAGAGAGCUGAAGGAAGUGUUCGCUUCUUGGAAACAGCAAUGCAUAAACCGGGGAAAGCAGGAUAUCAGCGAGAGACUGAUUAGUGCCUCACUCUUUCUUCGCUUCCUUUGUCCAGCAAUAAUGUCUCCCAGCCUCUUUGGGCUAAUGCAGGAGUAUCCUGAUGAUCGCACCUCCAGAACUCUAACGCUUAUUGCCAAGGUCAUCCAGAACCUUGCCAACUUCGCCAAGUUUGGUAAUAAAGAAGAAUACAUGGCCUUUAUGAAUGACUUUUUGGAGCAUGAGUGGGGUGGAAUGAAGAGGUUCCUACAAGAGAUUUCCAAUCCAGACACUAUUUCAAACACACCCGGAUUUGAGGGUUACAUAGACCUUGGCCGAGAGCUCUCUGUGCUGCACAGUCUUUUGUGGGAGGUGGUGUCACAGCUGGAUAAGGGUGAAAAUUCCUUCCUACAGGCGACCGUUGAGAAACUGGGACCACUUCCACGUAUCCUAGCUGACAUCACCAAGUCACUGACCAACCCUACUCCAAUCCAACAGCAGCUAAGACGGUUCAGUGAACAUAGCUCCACACCCAAUGUAAGUGGAAGCCUUUCAUCUGGACUUCAGAAGAUUUUUGAGGAUCCAGCAGACAGUGAUAUCCAGAGGUUCAGGUCCCCAACAAUUGAAAACCCAGAAAGCUACUUUAGGGGAAAGACGCUACUGCUUGUUCAGCAGGCAUCCACGCAGAGUAUGUCGUUUUCUGACAAAGAUGAAAGAGAGAAUGUCUUACCCAAUGGACGUAGUGUGUCUUUGAUGGAUCUACAAGACUCCAAUGUUAGUCAUGCUGACCGUUCCUCGGUUGUUCAAGAACCUCCCUUACGUUUAACUGGCAGCCAGUUGUCUGUUGCACAUAUAGCUACCAUCAAACAGCUACGGGAAAACCAGGGAAUGCCUCAGAGUGCCCCACAAGUUAGAAAGCCUUUACAUCCAGCAUUGAGCCAGCAAAGCAGCCUGCAGCCCCUCUCUUUUCAAAAUCCUGUGUAUCAUCUCAACAACCCACCACCUACAAUGCCCAAAGCUUCUGUGGACUCCAGCCUUGAAAAUUUAAGCACUGCCAGCUCUCGAAGCCAGAGUAAUAGUGAAGAGUUUAUUCUCAGCGGUCCCAGUAACAGUAGCAUGGAAGAUUUCACAAAGAGGAGCACUCAGAGUGAGGACUUUGCAAGGAGACACACAAUGCCUGAGAGGCCAAUUCCCAUAGCACUGCCGAGGCAAAACAGCACUGGACAAGCCCAGAUUCGUAAAACGGACCAGGCUGCUCUUGGAGCGCGAGCAAAAGCCCCCCAGUCAUUACCUCACAGUGCCUCACUGCGUAGCGCAGAAAGCAUAUCUGGGAUCUCCAAUAAUAUGCUUGUUGAGCCAAUGCAGAAUGGAAAUAGGUCCAGACAGCAAUCCACAUCAUCUCGUGAGAGCCCUGUACCCAAACUAAGAGCAAUUCACCGUCAGCAGACACAGCAGGCGCAGUCACCUGUGGACUCCACUACAAUGUCUCCAGUCGAACGGACCGCAGCCUGGGUACUUAAUAAUGGUCAAUAUGAAGAUGAGGAUGAAACUGUAGACCAAAACAAAGAUGAAACUAAACCUGCAGAGAAGUAUGAGCAAGAGAUUGCAAAGCUAAAAGAACGAUUGAAAAUUUCAAGUCGGCGCCUAGAGGAAUAUGAAAGGCGCCUCUUGGUGCAAGAGCAGCAAAUGCAGAAGCUCCUAAUGGAGUACAAAUCUCGACUGGAGGACAGCGAGGAGAGGUUGCGCCGUCAGCAGGAAGAGAAGGACAGCCAAAUGAAAAGUGUCAUCAGCAGGUUAAUAGCUGUAGAAGAGGAGCUGAAAAAAGACCAUGCUGAGAUGCAAGCUGUCAUUGAUGCAAAGCAGAAAAUAAUUGAUGCACAGGUCAUUAAAGGGAUUUUAACGAAAACAGGAGAAGAGGAUCAUAUCACUGGAUGCAGCCAACACGCGGCUGAUGAGCGCCCUCACACAGGUCAAGGAGCGCUAUAACUCCCAGGUGCGCAAUGGAAUCUCUCCAACCAACCCUACCAAGCUGUCCAUCACUGAAAAUGGAGAAUUUAAGAACAGCAGUUGUUAAUCUCAAGUCAGGACUCGGUGCCAUCUCUGGAAUUCAGUGCUGCUAAACCAAAAGACAAGUGUAAUGACGUCCUCUGCAAUAUAAAUAUAUCUGGGAAAGUCCUACCUAUCCAUGCCUUUUUAGCGAUAUGGAAGCUUAUCCCACAUACCGCACUGUAUAUAGGGUGAAUUUAUUCAUGCUCUGUGCAGAGCACUUGUGUAAAGUACCACGUGGAAGUUAAUAUGUAGUACAUAUCUUUUUUUUUUUUUUUUUUUUUUAUUGAAAGAGGUUCAUAUUUUUUAUUUGUGUCUAUCUUCCAAUAAGUGGAACUCCUAUAAAAGACUAAGAGCUGAAGGCGCUGUACAUCUUCCCAGAAUCCAUGAGAUCGCUAUUGCACUGCAGCAAGAAAACGGCAGUACCACUGCAUUACCUACUGAUCUUAUUCCUACCGACACUUCCCUCAAGGGCAAAUAAGAACACUGAAAUAACACAAUGUAAGUCUGGAAGGGGUCAGAACAUUUCUCAUGGCCUCUGUAACAUAUCCCAAUUCAAUCAGUUUUAGAAUAUUGUUUUUCUUUUCUUU